CUGCAUGCAGUCAGAGUUACAGAAGACAUGCUUGUACAGCGCUACAGAGAAGCUGCUUGUUCUGAGGAGGAAGAGUUUUAACAUAUUUUCAAGAGGAGGAAAUACUGAGAGAAAAGUACUUCUACUCUAAUUCCACACAAGAAGAUUCAAAGACAAGUUGGAUUAAUUUUUUUUUAAUCAUCUUAGUGAUGAGUUGUCAUCGAAAUCAGACUGAUCCAGAUCAUCUCCAUGGGUUCAUCAUUGCAAAGGUAAGCCGGCAGUUAAAUUCAAGGACAACUAAUGCUCAGAGAGGUUAUUAUUGUGUGUUUUCUUUCAAGUUUUGCAAAAUUGUACAUUUUAUUGUUGCUGUCAUGGUUAAAAAAAGGAGUCACUUAAACGUAUGAAAACACUGAACUUCAAAGGAAAUUCUUCUUAAACUCUACAGAAUAACAAACUAAAUGUUAAACUGUCAGUAUUACUGUUAAAUCAUUAUAAUACAUGAUUUUGCACAUAAAUUGAUAUUCAUCCAUUACUGAGCAAUCUUUAAAUAUCUGUCACAAUUUAAAUUAAUCAAGAAAUGCUAUUUUACCAUAAAUUCUCUUCUGUGGGUUUGGUCAAGAGAAAUAAAUCAUGAUAUAUAAAUAGCUGCAGAACAAGUAACUCAAAUUUUCUUUUACUUUGAAAAAUCAGUGAUACAUUUAAAAAAAAAACACCCACCAGAUUUCAAACAAGCUUGUGUUCUUACACAGAAGAGCACACAGAUGGCGCUGUGUCUGUUUCCUUCCACCACUAAUAAUCCAAUUAAGUCAAGGUAAAUUUCUUUAAAGUGCAUUUAGUCUAAUACUGACACUUUUCUUGAUAAAUAAAUGGUUUUGCACUUGUGUCUUGUUUUGACUGCGUACUGUUGACAGCUCCAACUUGCUGCUGCAGGUAAUAAUACCUGAGCAGGAAUGCCUGCAGCAGCAGAGGUCAAAGUAGAGCAGAAACUGCCCGAACUUGUUCAAACUUUCCUUCUGUCGUGAGUGAAGAGGAAAGCAAGAUGUCUGACACUGACAUGAAAUUUGAAACUUGUCUGGAACUGUUUGGAAAUUCUUAAAUGUGAAAAAGAGGAAAUUGUCUAUGGACUUUACACUGUGCAUCAUGUUAUAGCUUAGAGUUACAUAAAAAAAAUCUUCAUGAGUGUUAUGUAACUUUGCCACUCUGCUGCUUUUAUGAGAGACUGGCAGACAGAUUUCCUACCUCUGACAGCAACUCUGAUUGAGCAACUGGGAUAUUUUAUUUUGAUUGUGGGUGCGGUUGACAUGUUACAGCUAAAAUCCCUCAUCGCCUCCAUGGAAACACUCUGCUCCCAAUUCACAUGGAGCCAGACACAACAAGUUCGGGCACACAAGCUAAAAAAACACUUUGAUGACAUAAGCCACGUCGAAGUUGGCUGUCACACGUCUCUCAUGAAGUUUUGGACUAACAUCAUUUUUAAGUGUUUUAGUAUUUUUAAGUAAAGUUGUGGCUCUAAGAAAAGCAUUGAAAGUUAUAUCAGGACUUUUCUCAUUAUAGAGGACCAAUAAGAUUUUCAACCCAAUAUUUUCACAUUUGUCUCCUUUCAGAAUCUCCCUUACCUGACGAUGAACAACUGGCCCAGAGCUCCGCGGUGAUGCUCGCCAUGCCAUGCUUUAACUCCUCGGGCAUCCUGGCCCCCUCCCCUCCCUCUAACCACACCAUCAUGCCACAGACGCCUGAGAUGGAGGCCGUGGCAUGUAAUGUCACCCGUCCAGCCAACAACCCCACUGCUGCCGGCCUCACCAUGACUCUGGGGAUCGUGUUCAACAUGGUCGCCCUCAUCAUACUCGCCAAGGCUUAUAACCGCUUCCGCCGGAGGUCAAAGGCCACUUUCCUGCUCUUCGCCAGCUCUCUGGUGGCCACAGAUCUUGCUGGACAUGUGAUCCCUGGAGCCCUUGUACUGAGCAGAUACUCUUCAGGCACUAAGUCCACAGCAGAUCCCCCUACUGGUUCGAGAGGUGACCCUGCAGAUCUGGAUGCUUCUUGUUUGUUUCUGGGAGGAUGCAUGGUCUUCUUUGGUCUGUGCCCGCUCUUCCUUGGGUGUGCCAUGGCUGCAGAGCGCUGUAUGGGUAUCACCAAGCCUCUGCUGCAUGCUCGGCUGGUGACCACAGCGCGGACAAAGAUGGCACUGACUAUGAUCUGGCUGCUGGCUCUGUGUGUUGCGCUCCUGCCCAACUUCAGCCUGGGUGCCUAUACUUAUCAGUACCCAGGGACUUGGUGCUUCAUUAGGGUCAUGGAGGGCACUGAACUGAAAGACUUGGCCUUUGUGGUGCUGUUCUCUGGACUGGCUCUGGGCUCUCUGGCCUUAGCCUUUGUGUUUAACACCAUCAGUGGGAUCAGGUUAAUCAGAGCUCGGCUAAAGAACAAGACCAGCACCCAGCGCCGCUCAGCCCGAUCCCAUGACACAGAGAUGGUGGUGCAGCUGGUUGGCAUCAUGGUUACUUCUUGUAUCUGCUGGAGCCCUCUGCUGGUGAGUGUGGAGAAAAACACAGACCAAAUAUAACUAGCAUUUUCACUUCUUCUUUCACCAAUAUUUGACAGCAUGUUUUAAAUUAUUACAUCAUCCACACCUUCCAACACAACCAAAACUUAUUUAAAAAGUUUGUUACCUUUAUACACUGAAACAUCUGUUUCCUAAGCAGUUAGCAAAGACAUGUAUUUUUGUCAAAACUGCAAUCUAUGUAAAACCACAAAGCCUGCAGGUUCCUUUUUUGACUUCCUGAUAUUAGAUAAAGUCAGAGAGUUCAUUUUGUUUUUCCUUCAUAUGGAUUAUUGUUUCGUUUCUCCUCUUUAUCUGAUCUAAAUAUUUUCCUCUCAGUCCGUUCUCACCACGUCUUUCACUUUGUUUGAUUGGCUUUUUGAAAUACAUCAAACUUGCUAGUUUUUGCCUCUUUGAAAAAUUAAAGAUUUCUAUUUUGAUUUGAAAACUUUCUACAUUAAUUUCAAUUAAGUUUUAAUUGUUUUAACAAUUUGAGGCUGUACAAGAUGACAAUGAGUAAAACCAAUGAUAAGGUAGUGUUGCGCUUCGAUUACUCACUCCCUCUAAGAUUUUGCAGGCUUUUUUUUGAUUAUUGCCUGAUUCUGCAGCCGCUUUUCAAAAAGUGCAAAACCCGAAGCGAAUAGAAGUAUAUGCAACAAAUAUCAAUGAAAUGCAGGGGGCCAGCAGAGGGCGCUCACGUUGCAGAACACUUGAUUUUUUUUUCACUAUCAUGCAAUGCGAUAAAUUGAAAUGGUUGUGUAAAAAUGAACUGCAACUCGUUUUCACGAUUGAAAAUAAUGAAAUUAAUAGCAUUUGCCAAAUUUUGAUUUUUCUACAUCUUUGGGAUUUAUCUGUUGGAGGGGAAAAUAUAUCAUUUUAGAGUUAUGUCCAGCUGAAAUUUAAACAUUUGAGUACUUUCCACUGCUGUUGUUAGUAGUCUAGUAGUAAGUCUAGUAGAAAAAGAGCCGUACAGCUUGCAUAAAUGUGUUCUUGUGAGUUGUGAUCCAGCCUCUUUAUAUUUAAUUCUUUUAUGAUUUUUUUUUUUUUUGCUUAAACUAUUUUUUCUCUCUUGUCUUCAGAUCUUUGGACUGAUGUCAGCCAUAAGGUCUUACAGUGGCACCCUUGGCAGUGACAAAGACACUUACAGGUGGCUAAUGGUGACAGGUGUCAGGAUGGCAACCUGCAACCAGAUCCUGGACCCAUGGGUCUACAUCCUACUGCGACGUGCCAUCCUCAGGAAGAUCUACCGUAUUACUAAGAAGCAAGCCAGUCUGAAAGGGAGCAUGAUCCGCUCGAUACGCUGGGAAAGUAACUUCUCUCAGAGCUCAGACAAAAACAAAGUAAACAAGACUCAAAUGCACUGAAAUGGACGUGUCUACUGUCACUUUUAAAGGGGUUCUCUGUCACCGGCCAGUAGGAUCAAUGCUGAGGCCAGGAGUCGAUUAUCCUGAUCAUAAUACAGUAUAAAUGUUAAUAUGGAAAAAAAAUGUUUUCACUUGAUGUUGAAAAAGAGAGCUAUGCUGGUUGAAUCAUAUGAAGUAAAAAUAUUGGGACUGAAAUAUUCCUAAGCAGCUUAUUAGAACCUCCAUGUUGUUGUAUGUGGUAAAAUUAAAGAGUAAAAAGAAGAUGUUUGUGGUGUUAAACUGAAUGCAUCAAGAGCCAUGGUCAGGUCAUGUUUGCACCACAGUCUUAGAUUUGCUCUAAUAUAACUUUCUGUUGACAUGAAGUCUGUGUCCACUUUUGUAGCAAACAUCUCAUCGUUCAAGAAUAGUUUGUAAAUAAAGAGUUAAUGACUUUUGUAAAUGCUCUCAUUAUAUGUGAGGAAAAAAAAGAAAAAGCUGUGAUUUGACCUCAGCUUAAGAUGUGAAAAAACAUGUUUGUACAUAUGUCUGAUUUAGUGCUGUGAUAUGAAUGUGAAUGUGUGUUUUUUGUUGCUCUUUUUAUGUUUGUUUGUCUUGUUAUUUGUUUGUGUGUAGCUGAGAAUGUAUCAACAGUAUUUUCCCUGACUUUCCAGGGACUAAAGUGAAGCUAUAGAACACGUUGCAAAAAAGCUAAAUGAAUGUGAUAUUGUUAAAAAAAAAAUGGAAUGUAAAAUCCAAAAAUAAAUGUUUUCAACAAUUUCAAUUUUUGUGGUUUGCACCAGUAAUGUAUGCAAUAUUUUAUACAUUCUAAAAUAUAAUUUUUCAUGAUGAAAGCAAACUGUGGACAACAUUUGUGGUAACAAGUCAUUGUCUUGUGUGCAAAGGGAGUUAUCUCACAAAAAGCAUUAAAAUCGCGUGAAAACAAGUCAAUAAUGUUGUGCAUUAUAUGAUGGUACCAUGGAAACAAGUAGCCUUGUGAAAAUGAAAAAUCCUGUAUGCACAUGAUAUUUAUGUUAUGACUUUUUCCUAUUAUGGAACUUUCCAUACAAUAAAAUAACUUAUUACCACA